UUUGUCCUGAGGAAACUAGUUGAGCAACUAUUUGCUUUAUCAAACAUUGGAACGACCUGCCCAACGGCACACUUUAACAAGCUUACAGGUAGAGUUUUACAGACACUCGGGUCUUUCURCCUGCUGAGAGGAGCAGAAAGGACAGAUCCAUCAUGUAGACAGAAACGUACAAAAACAAAGAGGUGAACAGAGACCGUCUUCUGCCAUCAUGUCCAUCAGCGUGGACCUGAAGAGGAUCUUCAACCUGCCGGGACGAGCGGACAGGAAGGUGGAACUCUCCUUCAGAGGUUUCACCCAUAAAACCCGAGCGCCGCAGUGCGAGAACGUGGCCAUCUUCAAUGAGCAUUUCCGUUGGCCCCACUACGGUAAAGAGAUCACCGAUGAGGUUUUGUCCGUCAGUGUUUUCAACUGCAGCAAAGUCUUUUCCAACAGACUGUUGGGCCGACUGGUUAUCAGUCUCCAGCAUGUGGUCACCACGGGCAGGUUGUUGCUUCGGGAACCUCUGACUGAUUCCAACUACAGCCUGACUGAUAUCAUCAUCGAGCUGGACAUCCGCUUCCAUCCGGUGGAGGGGACAGCUGGACAGUGGGAGGGACUGGACUUUCUGAGUGUUGAAGACAACGACGAAUCAGCUUUGGUCUUCAGAAAUGAGGGGUUUGAGGACCCUGAGAAGGGGUUGUCUAUCRCACGUCCAGACCAGCUGGAGAGAGAAGCUCGCCGUCUUGGUCGGAGUCUGGUCCAGACGGGAGAUGAAGAUGAUGACGAGGAUUAUGAUGAUGAUUACGACGACGACCUUGUGGAGAUGGAGAYGACGGACAUCCGCCUGACUCCUCUUCUGAGUCGAUACAGACCACUGUCAAGAUGUUCCGUUGCAGCGAUACCCAGAGUCCAGAGCUUUCAGGUGAACGUGAACAUCCUGGAGGCUCAGAAGCUCGUCGGUGUAAACAUCAACCCUGCGGUUUUUAUCAGAGUGGGAGGUCAGAAGAGACACACGGCGACGCAGAAAUCCACCAACUGUCCGUUUUACAGCGAGAACUUCCAGUUUGAGUUCCAGGAGGCUCCACAGAUCUUCUUUGAUGAAGUCAUCGAGAUAAAAGUUUUCCACAGACGGGCUCUGGCCUUUCUGAUGACCCACAUCGGAACCUUUAAGAUUGACAUCUCCACCAUCUACAGUCAGCCAGACCACCGUUUCUACCAGAAGUGGGCUCCUCUCACCGACCCGGCAGACACCCGGUCAGGGGUGAAGGGUUACGUCAAGGCCAGCCUGAGUAUCCUGAUGAAGGGAGAAGCUCUGCUGAUGCCCAGUCUGCCUCCAGCCUCCUCGUCUGCAGGAGGCGAGGACAUAGAGAAACACCUGAUGCUUCCUCGUGGCAUGCCUUCAGAACGCCCGUGGGCUCGGUUCCGUGUCCGGAUCUACCGAGCUGAAGGUUUGCCGACAAUGGAGGCGGGGCUAAUGGCUAAGGUGUCUGUCACUGACAGGGCGGUAUUUAUUGACCCCUACGUACAGGUGACCUUUGCUGGACAACAGGGUGAAACGUCCGUCGCCUGCGCCACCAGCUGUCCUGUGUGGAAYGAAGAGAUCUCCUUCAUCGAGCAGUUCCCUCCACUGGCUCAGAGAAUCAAAGUUCAGGUUCUGGAUGAUGCCAAGAUGGGAGACGUUGCAUUGGCAACCCACUUCCUGGACCUGAAGCAGAUAUCUGACCCUACAAGGAAUGGGUUCAACCCAACUUUUGGUCCGAGUUGGGUUAAUCUUUACGGGUCUCCUCAGAACUCCACGCUGGGUGAUGUCCACCAGGCUUUGAACGAGGGUCUGGGUGAGGGGCUUUUCUAUCGAGGGCGGAUCCUCCUGGCUCUCUCCAUGGAUGUUUACUCGUCCCCCUCUGCCGUCCCCACAGAAACAGGCUCUGCCGCCGCAGCGAAGGUAAAAGGAGCGCUGGGAAAGUUUGGG